CGCUUAUCAGAUGCUACUUGUCAAGAAUGGCGUCGUCAACAUCUAACCCCUCCUCCCCGGCGCAAUCCGAAUUACAGACGAAGUCUGUGGACCAAUAUAACAAUACAAACCCUUUUGUCCACAAUGUCGCCCUCGGAGUGACGCCCCUCGCGCUCCUAGCGCUCUGCCUCCCGCCCCGCCGUCUCGACCUGCGCGCAACCAUGCUCGGCGGCGUCGCGAUCUGGGGCACGAACCAGCUCGUGCACGACUACAGCGGCAAGUCGUUCGCGCAGCGCUUUUCGUCGCGCAUGGCGGCGCUGUCAGGAACGGAACUGCCCGAGAAGGCUAAGGCGACGCAGGCGCGGCUACGUGAGGAGAAAGAGCGCAGCCAGAAGUUGCGGGUACUGCGGGACGAGAUGAUCAAGUCGGGGGUUGCGCCGGCGGCUCUGGAGACGUGGACCGAUGCGCAUAAGAGGGCUUUGCUGGAGGCUUACGAGAGAGAACGGAGGGAAGAGAGGAAUCCCGUCGGCCGAGAGAAAGAAGGGGAUAAGGGCAUUCUGGAGAAGAUAUGGAUGGGCGAUGCGCCGCCUGAUUGGAAGGAGGCGCGCGAUCGGAGAGAGCAAGAAGCGUUGCAGGAAGGAGGCGGUGGGUAUCUUGGUCUUAUAACGGAUCAGAUUGCUGAGGUGUGGAGGGGUAAGAAGGCGGAUGAGGGAGAUGACUCGAAGAAGAAGACCGAUGAAGACGUGAAAAAAUCGUAAAUGAUUUGGGCUUUGUGCGCGCGAGGGUAUUAUCAUAUACGCGACUGUAUUAUAUGUAUGAAUUGCAUCACAGAGCAUAUAGAGCUGGCGUUGCGGGCCACAUGAGGUUUAUUAUGACACAGCAUAUUAUCACGAAAACUCGCUUCUUCAAAUACCAUCAAGUAUCAGACCGCCUUAUUACCGUAAAGCUAGCUAGUACCGUUGAUCUCUU